CCUCCGCGGCCGGGCCCUUCCUGGGGAAGAGGAAGUGCAGAGCCCGGCCCCGCGCCCGGCCCCGGCCCCGGCCCCGGCCCCGGCGGUGCGCACCCAGGGCGGGCGCCCCACGCCACGGUGGUGCCUACAGCGCCAUGGGCUCCCUUUUCCGCAGCGAGGAGGUCUGCCUGGCCCAGCUUUUCCUGCAGUCGGCCUCAGCCUACACCUGCGUCAGCGAGCUGGGCGAGCGGGGGCUGCUCGAGUUCAGAGACCUGAACCCCAACGUGAGCGCUUUCCAGCGGCGGUUUGUGGGCGAAGUGCGGCGCUGCGAGGAGAUGGAGAAGACGUUCACCUUCCUGCACCAGGAGCUGCGCAGGGCUGGGCGGGUGCUGGGGCCGUGCCCUGACAACCCGGCAGCCCCGCUGGCCCGCGACGCCCUGCACAUCCAGGAGCAGUCGGAGCAGCUGGCGCAGGAGCUGCGUGAAGUCAGCCGCAACCGGGAAUCGCUGCACGGACGCCUCCAUGAGCUGCGUGAAUACCUGCACGUCCUACGCGAGGGCCAGCGCUUCACCAGCCUCCCACAGGCACCGCUGGGCUCCCCGCCUCGGCCCCGGACCCACUCUGAGCAUGAGCCCAUCCUUGACCCCUCCGUAAGCCAGCACCUCGACCGCAAAAUCAACUUUGUGGCGGGUGUCAUUCACCCGUGGCGGGUGAGUGCUUUCGAGCGGCUGCUGUGGCGCGCCUGCCGUGGCUACCUCGUCGCCAACUUUGUGGAGAUGCCUGAGCCCAUGGAGGACCCAGCCACGGGCGAGAGCAUCACUUGGGUCAUCUUCCUCAUCUCCUACUGGGGCGAGCAGAUAGGACAGAAGAUCCGCAAGAUCUCUGACUGCUUCCACUGCCACGUGUACCCCUACCCUGAGAGCGAGACUAGCCGCACGGAGACCCUGAUGGGGUUGCUCAGCCAGAUCCAGGACCUCAGUGUGGUGCUGGAGGAGACGGAGCAGUACUUGGCGCAGGUGCUGGACAAGGUGGUGCUGGUGCUGCCCACGUGGCGGGUGAGGGUGCAGAAGAUGAAGGCAGUCUACCUCGUCCUCAACCAGUGCAGCUUUGAUGUCACCGAGAAGUGCCUCAUUGCUGAGGUCUGGUGCCCCGUGCGUGACCUCACGCAGGUGCAAGAUGCCCUGCGCCAGGGAUCGUACAAGAGCGGCUCAAGUGUGGAGUGCUUUGUGCAGCGCAUCCCCACCUCGGAGAGCCCCCCAACGCUCAUCCGCACCAACAAGUUCACUGCUGGCUUCCAAAGCAUCGUGGAUGCCUACGGGGUGGCCAGCUACCAGGAGGUGAACCCUGCACCCUAUGCCAUCAUCACAUUCCCCUUCAUCUUCGCCAUCAUGUUCGGGGAUGUGGGUCACGGGCUGCUCAUGUUCCUCUUUGCCCUCUGGAUGGUGCUGUACGAGAAUAGCCCCAGCUUGUGGCAGGCCAGCAAUGAGAUCUGGCUGACGUUCUUUGAAGGGCGCUACCUCAUCCUACUCAUGGGCGCCUUCUCCAUCUACACUGGCUUCAUCUACAACGAGUGCUUCAGCAAAGCCACUGUCAUAUUCCCCUCAGCCUGGAGCGUGGCCACCAUGGCCAACCACUCCUCCUGGAGUUCUGACUACCUCGCCACUCACCCAUCCCUCACCCUGGACCCCAACAUCACAGGUGUCUUCCAAGGGCCCUACCCUUUCGGGAUUGACCCAAUCUGGAGCUUGGCCACCAACCACCUCAACUUCCUCAACUCCUUCAAGAUGAAAAUGUCCGUGGUGCUGGGCAUCGUGCACAUGGGUUUUGGUGUCCUCCUGGGGGUCUUCAACCAUGUGCACUUCCAGCAGCGACACCGGCUGGUGCUGGAGUUCCUGCCUGAGAUGGUCUUCCUGCUGGCCCUUUUUGGCUACCUCGUCUUCCUCAUAUUUUACAAGUGGAUCAAGUUCAGUGCCGUCAACUCCCUGGUGGCCCCCAGCAUCCUCAUCCACUUCAUCGACAUGUUCCUCUUCACUUCCAAUGACCAAAACCUCCCACUCUACGAGGGGCAGGUACCUGUGCAGACUGUACUGGUGGUGCUGGCUCUGGCAGCGGUGCCCAUCCUGCUCCUGGGAACACCUCUCUACUUGUACUGCCGACAGCACUCACGGAGGAUGGGCCACCCUGCGCCAGUGACCAGGGGGGAGCAGGAGCCACUGCUGGAGGGGCAGGAGGCUGGCAACUCCGUCAAUGCCACCAAGGAGGAUGUGGAGAGUGGGGCACAUGUUCACGAUGCCGAGCACUUCGAGUUCUCUGAGGUCUUCAUGCACCAGGCGAUCCACACCAUUGAGUACUGCCUGGGCUGCAUCUCCAACACUGCGUCCUACCUGCGGCUCUGGGCCCUCAGCUUGGCGCACGCGCAGCUGUCAGAGGUCCUCUGGACCAUGGUGAUGCGCAACGGGUUUGUACGGCUGAACUAUGUCGGUGGUGUUGUGCUGGUGCCCGUCUUCGCCUUCUUUGCUGUGCUCACCGUGGCCAUCCUGCUGGUGAUGGAGGGGCUCUCAGCCUUCCUGCAUGCCCUGCGGCUGCACUGGGUGGAGUUUCAGAACAAGUUCUACGUGGGUGCUGGGUACAAGCUGUGCCCCUUUGCCUUCACACCUGACGUCUGGGAGUAGGGCUGCCGUGCCAUGCCACCCUGUUGUGCUGCCUUCGUGCCUUUUGCAAGGAUGCUGUUGCUGGUCCUGCCUGGCCACUAUUUCCCAGAGCCCUCCCCUCUGGCCCAGAGCAGUUUAUCUUUUUUCUCCCCCUUCUCUUUUAUGAUGGCGAACAAGGGAGCGGGGUCCUGGUGGAGUGGUGAGGAAGCCAGAGGUGCUGCACUAUCCCUGGCACCCAGAUGCCCUCCUCACCGUGUCCUCAGGAUGGAAACAGGGGGCUCAGAGCAUCGGCAAACAGUGCUGGAAAACCAAGUUCCCUGCUGACAUUGCCCUUUCGCUCCCAUCCUACCUGCUGCCUUUGCCCCGGGGUGGCAGGGAGGGUACCCAAGGAUCCUGUGCAGGGGGGUCCGUGCUGGCUCCCCAGGCACAAUGGGGCAGGGCUGCAUCCCCAGCACCCCCCAGGGUAGUGUGCUGGGGGGGCACUGAGGGGCUGGAUGCAGGAUGUGUCCAGUGAUGCUUGUGCCCUCUUCUGCUCUUCUGGCCCGGGCAGCCUCCCCGUGCCCUGGGAGACUUUCCUCGGGCAGCAAAUAAAAGCCAUCCAAGCA